CCGCUGAGAAACGCCUCGCCUGCGGUAACGUCGGUCGGCUGGUUUAAAGCUGCAUGUAAAGUUAGCUCAUCGUUAUUCCGACAUGGGAAAAUUGGUUUUCAUCUCUAUUGUAAUAGCUGCCCUAUCGGCGCUGUUGGGAGAGAGGAUUGUCAACUUAAGGAAAAGGACGCUCGCGUCCAGGGAGCUGGAACGAAAUCACCUCCCGAACUGCGUCGAGCUCAAAAGUCUGGAUUAUGGCACAGAGGAUAUAACGAUCCUCGGGGACGGGCUCGCUUUUAUCAGCGCUGGCCUGAAGUAUCCCGGAAUGCCUUCCUCAGAUAAGCCAGGCCGGAUUUUCAUCCUCGAUAUGCAAGAUCCUCGGAUGAAACCGGUGGAGCUGCGUGUGCCGAGAAACUUUGAUCUGGAAUCGUUCAACCCUCACGGCAUCAGCCUGUACGUCGAUCCAAGUGAUGAUGCAGUGUACCUGUUUGUUGUCAGUCAUCCUGAACUCAAAACCCAAAUAGAGGUGUUCAGGUUUGUCGAGGACGACCUCUCCCUGCUGCACCUGAGGACCAUCAAACACGAGCUUCUCUACAGUGUGAACGAUAUUGUUGCAGUGGGCGUGGACAGCUUCUACGCAACCAAUGAUCACUACUACAACCAUGAAAUCUUAAAGGCUUACCUGGAGCCUCUUCUGGGUCUGCCUAGGUCUAAUGUGGUGUACUACAGUCCUAAGGAGGUGAAAGUGGUCUCGGAGGGAUAUUACAUGGCAAAUGGCAUCAAUAUCUCACCAGACAAAAGGCACAUAUAUGUGGCAGAUGUGCUUGACCACAAUGUGCAUGUGCUGGAGAGGAGAGAAGGCAAUGCAUUAGUCCCUGUGAAGUCUGUGGCUGUGGGUUCACUCGCUGACAACAUUGAAGUUGAUGCUGAAACUGGUGACCUGUGGAUAGGCUGUCACCCUAAUGGAUGGAAAGCUUUCAUGUAUGACCCCAAUGACCCACCUGGAUCAGAGGUCAUCCGCAUCCAGAACAUCCACUCUGAUCAGCCAGUGGUGACUCAGGUGUACGCCGACGACGGCCGUGUGAUCAUAGGCUCAUCUGUGGCGGCCACCUAUGGAGGGAAGCUGCUCAUUGGCACCGUGUUCCAUAAAGCCCUGUGCUGUGACUUGAAGUAGGCAAUGACUGACACGUGCUUUUAAACAGAAGCGCUUAAGUGAAUAAAAAUUUCAGUUAAAGGAAAGGAAACAGAGAUGAAUCGCUUUGCAAGGCUCUGAAUCAGAGGUUGCAGUGAUGAUUUGAAUCAUGCAGUACUUAAAGAAUAUGCUUCACCCUGUUGUACCAGACAGGAUCUGAUAAGAGACUUUGAAAACCUCUCACCUGGUGAAAGACUUCCUGAAGGCUCCUCAGGAGGAGCCAGAGGAAGAUAUUUAGAUGGCGUUUACCUGAUUUUAUCGCAUUGAGCCCUGGGUAUGACAGAAGUUACUGAGCUGCCCAGACACUUGAAUAAGUGUAUGUGAAACAAUAUUUUUAAUCAGACUUGUAAAAGGAUUUAGAAUUGCUUUGCUGCGUAUCAAGAAAAACUAUUUUUCACACGGCCACCUGAAAAUGUGAAGUCUUUACAUUUGAUGUAUGUAAAAAUGUUUUUACAUGUUUCAGUUCUUGUUGUUGUUGAUUGGGAAAAAAAACUUGCAUUUCUUUCAUGUAUUUGAAUGUAAAUAAAAAGAUUAAGACACUGA